AUGCCUAUUUUCAAUCCUAAAACAGUUACAAACUUUUUAACUUAUGAAAAAGAAGAGAAAGUCGGCUUCUUAUGGAAGAAACGCUCUGAACAGAAAAAAUCUUAUAAAAAAAGAUACUUUAUUCUAUGUGGUAAUAUUUUGGCAUAUUUUGAUAAGAAAUUGGAUAAAGAACCAUUGGGUAUCAUAUUUUUGGAUUGUCAUAUCGUUGAAAUGUUGGAUGACUUAAAGAUGGCUAUUCGAUUCAGAGGACCUGGUGAAAUAUGUCGUAGUUAUAUUUUGAAGGGGGAAACAGCUGAAGAAAUAGAGGAUUGGAUGCGUGCUAUCUCUCGAUGUAGUAUUGAAUAUAUAACUUUAACAUUAGAAGAUUUAGAGGACCAUUACAAAGCAUUGACUACAGUGAAACAAACAAAUCAUAAUCUCAUAGCAACUAAUCAAUCAAUUGAUAGAAACUCUACUCUUUCACUAGUGAAAUCAUCUCUUUUCUCUAAACGUUCAAAUCCUUUCAAUAGAAACUCUAAUAAUCUAAAUACUGCAACUGAUUAUCAUCCUACAAUUGUUAUAAAAAAUCAAUCAGGUAUUCAAUGUUCAACAGAUUCAUUAAAUCAUACUAAAUGGUUAUUAACACAAAAUUGGGAACAAUUGAAUGCUUGUUUAAAAUCUCAAUUUAUUCAAAUGGAUAAGAAUAUUAUUGA